GGUUUAAUCUACGCUAUCUUUUUAUUUUUUUUCAAAGGCAAUCGAUGAACUCUUUUGUUUUCUUGUUUAUUGUCUUUGUUAAAAUUAAGUCAAAAUCCAUCUCAUUACUAUCACAGACUAAAACCAUCCCAAUAUUCCCAGUACAUUCGCCCAUUUGCUCCAGGCAUUAUUUUACUUAUCCGCAUUCCAAAUAGAUACAAUAGUAGUUAGCAUAGUUACUGCAGAGCAAAUUAAAUGAUAUUUUGUCUCAGACUCUCAGCCAUCACUCACACUAAAAAAGUGUGAGAGUUGUUCAGACUGUCAGACUUCGUAACACAUAACUCUAUGGCAGAUUUUACUCCGUUCCUCUCCCAAAGCCACUCAACCGAACCCGAAACUCCAACGCUCCACAAACACCAGUUCUACUCCCUGGAUGACACCAUCGAGCGGUGUAUUGGAGGAGACUUUGGGUGUGUCCAGUUCCUUCAAGUCCUCCUCGUGUCCCUCGCGUGGGUCUUCGAUGCGCAACAAUUAUUCAUCAGCGUCUUUGCAGACGCUCAGCCAACAUGGCACUGCACAAAUCAACUGGCAUGCAACUACACGACCACAAACAUCUGCGAGCUUCCGAAGAAUUCAUGGGCAUGGGAUUUAUCCCCACACACUUCCAUCAUAUCGGAGUGGUCUUUAGAGUGUGCCGGCUCCUUCAUCACCGGCCUGCCGGCCACCUCCUUCUUCCUCGGUUGCAUGUCAGGUGGACUGCUGCUGGCAACACUGGCGGACUCGUCACUCGGCCGCAAGAACAUGCUACUCCUGUCAUGCUCACUCAUGUCUGUAGCUGGCCUCCUUACAGUGAUUUUGUCCACCAGCGUCUGGAUCUACUCGGCUUUCAAAUUCGUCAGUGGGUUCGGACGAGCAACAGUCGGGACAUGCUCCCUCGUGUUGUCAAUGGAGCUCGUCGGCAAAAAGUGGAGGGGAGAAGUCGGGAUCAUUGGCUUCUUGUGUUCCACUUUAGGGUUUCUCUCAUUACCACUCAUCGCUUACCUGAAUAGGACCUCUUCAUGGAGAAUUCUGUAUCUAUGGACUUGUAUUCCAACAAUCAUCUACUGCACAUCAGUCUAUUUCUUCGUUCCCGAAUCUCCAAGAUGGCUUUUUGUCAGAGGACGAAAAGAAGAGUUCAUGGCAACACUCAAGCACAUAGCACAAUACAACAGCAGCAACUUAACCCGCUGGAGCUUCUCCGGCAUGUCUAUCGAGCACGAACCAGGGAAUAACACGGAUCUUUACUCAGCAGUAAAUAUCAUGUUAGAGAAAAGAUGGGCGAUUCGGAGGUUGUUGACGUUGAUGGUGGUGGGAUUUGGGGUGGGUAUGGUGUACUAUGGAUUGCCGUUGGGGGUCGGAAACUUGGGAUUCAAUCUCUAUUUGGCCGUCACGUUUAAUGCCUUGUCGGAGGUUCCGGCUUCGUUGAUCUCAUUUUUCUUGGCACGGAGACUGAACAGGAAGAGUGCGGUUUUAGGGUUCACAAUGGUGAGUGGGGUUUGUUGUGUGAUGUGUGUGGUGCUCGUGAGGGAUGAGUUGCAAAUGUUGGCGGAGAUGGCGUCGUUCUUCAGUGCGUGUACUGCGUUUAACAUGCUGUUGAUUUACACCAUGGAGUUGUUUCCUACGUGCGUGCGUAACUCGGCGGUGUCCAUGGUGAGGCAGGCGCUGGUGUUUGGCGGAGUGUUCAGUCCAUUGUUGGAUGGUAAGGCGUCGUAUGGGGCGUUUGGGGUGACCACAGGGUGUUGUGGGCUGUUUGUGGCAUGUCUGCCGGAGACUAGGGGUGGGAUCCUUUGUGACACCAUGGAUGAAGAGGAGCAAAAGGAGAGAGCAGCAGUGGCCGCUGCCUCGUAUCUCCAAUCCCAUGCAUGAACAAAGAGUCAAUGAUAUCGAGUGCCGUAAUCAGAAAACCUACCUGGCUCUUCCUACCUGAGUGGGGAGGAAUUUUUAGAUGCUUCCGACCAUGUGAUUCUAGUCGAUCACAAAUUUUCGCCCAGUGAGUGAGACUUAUGUGUCCUUUAAUCUUUAUUAAGUUUUUUAUAUUUUAUUAUUGUAUAAGGGUGGCCAUUUGUGUUUGCGUUGAUAAUUGUGUCGUGAGUAUU